AUUUUAGUGGUAGUAUAGUGCGCGUAAUGAUACGAUUAAGUGUAGACAUUAAGACGAUAUAAACAGUAAAUAGGCUUACUUUCUUUUAAUUAUUAUUGAAUAAAAUGUAAAACCGUAAACAUUAUGAACUGAUAUAAGUAUAUCGUAUACUUAAUAUUGCAGUUGACUUAAUUAAUUAUACUGGACGCGUUAAAUAAAUAGUUUGCUUAAUGAUAUGUGUAUAGUUAUAAUAAUAAAAAGAUACAAAAAUAAUUUGAUAAACGAUAAUAAAAUAAUUUUAAAUAAGUGCAACGACUAACUUCAAUAUGAACUACACUUCGAUACUUCUAAUUACCAAUAUAUUACUACUGAUAACAAUUGAUUUUUCUCAAGUAUUUUUUUAGAGGGAACGGAAUGGCCCACUGUGCUGUAGCACAGUGGUUCGGUGAUCUUUGUGCCUACGACCGAUAGACGGAUGUCCGGUUGAAUACUGAGAAGGCUAAACCACUUGAAUAACGAGGAUAAUCAUGUCAAUAGGUAUACAUUGGUAUAGACAUGGUCUCAGAUUGCAUGAUAACCCUGCUCUAGUCGAAGCAGCAAAAAAGACAAAUAAACUAAUUACUCUUUACAUUUUUGAUGGAAAAAUAGAAGGUGACCAACAAAUUGGUUACAAUCGAAUGCGUUUUCUUCUUGAAAGUUUAAAAGAUCUUGAUGAUAAUUUAAAAUUGCGCGGAGGAUGCUUAUAUAUAUUACAAGGAAAUCCUGUGGAUAUCUUUGAAAAAAUAAAAAAUGAAGUUGGCUUAAAUUUAAUAUCAUUUGAACAGGACUGUGAACCCAUUUGGAAAAAGAGAGAUGAUGCAGUUAAACGUUUUUCCCGAGAAAAUAAUAUUGAGUGUAUAGAAAAAGUUUCUCAUACAUUAUGGGAUCCUAAACUUAUCAUUCAAAACAAUGGUGGGGUUGCUCCUUUAACGUUUGAAAACUUUCUUAGUAUUACAAGUAAAAUUGGAAAUCCUCCUAGACCAGUACCUCAUGUUGAUUGGUUAUCAGUAAAUUUUGCAGAACUUCCAACAAGUGUUUUAAAAAAAUUUAAGGCUUUGAAUAAUCCAAGUCCAGAAUAUUUCAAUAUGUAUCCUGAAGUACCCGAAAUUCAUAGUUCACAUAACCGUUUGUAUGGCGGUGAAACUAAAGCUUUGGAACAACUUAUGGUUCGCCUUGAAUUUGAAAAAGAAGCUUUCAUCAAUGGAUUUUACUUACCUAAUCAAGUCAAUCCUGAUUUAUUAGGACCACCAUCAAGUAUGAGUGCUGCUUUACGUUUGGGAUGUUUAUCUAUACGAAAAUUUUAUUGGGAGUUGUCAAAACUAUUCAUGCAAACAUUCGAAGAAGAUUUAUUACCACAACACAGUGCUACGAGCCAGUUAAUUUGGAGGGAUUAUUUUUAUGUGAUGUCUGUUGAUAACGAUCAAUUUGACCAAAUAGAAAAUAAUCCAGCUUGUAUAAAAAUACCAUGGGGAGAUUUAGAAUUAGAAAAAAACAGAAUGCAUUUAAAUUGCUGGAAAUAUGGUAAAACAGGUUAUCCAUUUAUUGAUGCUGGAAUGAGACAACUUUUACAAGAAGGUUGGAUCCACCAUGUAGUAAGAAAUUCAGUGGCUUGUUUCUUGACUAGAGGAGAUCUUUGGAUAAGUUGGACUGAAGGGUUUAAACACUUUAUUAAGUUCUUAUUAGAUGGUGAUUGGGCCGUUUGUUCGGGUAAUUGGAUUUGGGUUUCCAGUUCUACGUUUGAACAGAUUUUAGAUUGUCCAUUAUGCGUAUGUCCUGUUAGCUAUGGAAAGCGACUAGAUCCUACAGGCGAGUAUGUAAGGCGUUAUGUGCCAGAGUUAAGAAAGUUGCCAGAUAAAUAUUUAUUCGAACCAUGGAAGUGUCCAAUAGAAAUUCAAAAAAAAGUGGGAUGCAUUAUUGGCAAAGAUUAUCCUCACCGUAUAGUUGACCACCAAAAUGCAUCUUGUGAAAAUAGAAAGAAAAUGCAAGAAUUAAGAUCUUCACUGAUGAACGAAAACAGUAUUCCUCAUUGUCGUCCAUCAAAUACGACAGAAUUAAAAAAAUUCAUGUAUUUAAGCAAUGAUUGUAUGGAAGAAUUGUGUAUGAACUUGCAUAGUGAAUAUUCAAAUAUAUAUUAAUAAGUUGCAAUUUUUAUUUUUUAUUAUUCUACUGUUUUUUAAGAUGAAACUUUUUUGUAUUAAUGAUUAUAAAAUAUAUGUACAUCAAUUCAUUAUUUUAAAUUUUUAGUUGUAUUUUAAAUAUUGAAUUUGUUGGACAAUUUUUUUUAAAUAAAGUAUACUAAAUAAUUAAA